AUGAAGCUUUUUCUUUCUCUCUUCAGUUUUUUGACUUUCGUGUCUGCUGGAGGCUUUGACUUUGGAUUCCUGAAACCAGAGCAAAUGCGGCCCAAAAGUCCGGUGCAAUUGAAAUCCGUCGAAAAUGCACAUCAGAGACUCGAAAAACUGUGCGAUCAUUUGCGAAGGUUCAACGCAGCCCACUUGAUAUCUCACAAAGGGUUUUUCGACAAUGUUUUCAAAAUCAACCGAAUUUGCGGAAAAAUGAUGAACAAACUAAGCCGAAAAUGCGCCGAUUUAACAUGGCCCCGACCUCUAGAAAAAACCUCAAGAACACGGCGAGAGGAAAAUUUGAAUAAAGAUGAGAGUCGGCACUCAACUGAUCCGUAUGAAAAUCCAAUGGAGCAGCUUCACAAAAGCGGUCGAAAUCUGUUUGACUGGAUCACGGCUCAUCUCGGCGAGUGCCCAAAUGCAGAAGGACACCGAAGACGAAUCCAACUCAGAAUCGUUGAUCGCUUUUCCCGCCAAUUUUCAAAGCUCCAAGAUGAAAACUUUCAAUUAUAA